AUGGGCUGCUGCAUGUCUUCCCGCCAGGCCCUCGCGCCCGAGGACCAGCAGGAGAGCGACGCCCAGGCCCAGUCGCAGAAGGCGCCCGUGGACCAGCAGCAGCAGGAGAAGAAAGGCUAUGUCUAUGGCUUCAUCGACGUGAAGGACCCCGAGGAGUUCGAGAACGUCUACAGCCCCAUGGUCGAACCGACCCUUGAGCCCUACGGAGGCAAGCUCAUCCUGAAGCACGCGCUGACGCCCCAGAUGGCGGGAAAAAUGCGCAUGAAGGUGUCCAAGGGCUUUGGCACCACAGGCCAGUGGGCCUUCAUGCUGCAGUUUGAUACCUUCGAGAAGGCCAUGGGCUGGUUCAUGGGUCCCGAGUACGCCGCGGUGACUGAAAAGCGUGACCAGGUCGCCGAUUUCAAGAUGGCCGUCGUCGAGGGCACCCCCAUCCAAGCCGGGUCAGGCCUCGUGGUUGGCUUCUUCGACAUGAAGAAGCCGGAGGAGUUCGAGGAUGUCUACAACCCUAUGGUCGAGCCGUCUCUGGACCCCUACGGAGGCAAGUUCGCUGUCAAGCACGCGUUGGUGCCCACGAUGGCCGCAAAGAUGGGCAUGAAGGAGACCAAGGGGUUCGGCGCCACAGGCCAGGUGGCAUUUGUCUUGCAAUUCGCUGACUUCGAGAAGGCCAUGGGCUGGUUCACGGGUCCCGAGUACACCUCGGUGAUUGAAAAGCGCGACGAAGUCGCCGACUUCAAGAUGGCCGUCGUCGAAAGCAUACAGGAGUCUUUCGACCUGACGCGGUACACGGACGCAGAGAGCUUGUUCGACGCGCUUGCAUUUAGCGUGGAGGGCCUCCACCCCGUGCGCUUGGUCCGCAUGUCGUGGCUGCUGCAGCAGCGCGGUACGGUCCUGAAGAGGCGCCAGGAGCUGCCGGAUGAGGCCUUCGUAACCGCGGACGAGCUCCGGGCCGUCUGGGAGGCCAGCGGGCGAGGAGGAAGGGACCAUGUGGCGCCGAUCAUCACUAUCUCGUUUUGCUGGGACUCACGCGAACAUCCCGACCCCAAGGGGUUGCAGCUGAGUUUGGUGAUCGACACGCUGGAGCAUGAGUUCGAAAAGUACUCCAAGGCCUACGGCAAAUUCCUGGGGUUCAGCGAGAUGGGCGUCUUCUGGGAUUGGCCCUCGCUGCUGCAGGGCGACCCCGACAAGGUCAGGGAAGCGAAGGCCGCCGCCUUGCAGCAGGGCAAGAGCGACGAUGACGCCCAGGCGGCCGCGGACGAGGCCAAGCGGACUCCCGCCGAGAAGGCCGCCUUCAAGCACGGGCUGCAGGAGACGAUGGACCUCUGGUACGCCCACCAGGCCACCACCGUCUUCCUGCUCACCCAGCACCCCCGCGAGCGGGGCAGCGCGCGCGAGUGCGGUUACGACCAGUCUGGCUGGACGACGUACGAGCGCUGCUCCGCGGAGCAGAUCAAGCAGGUCUUCCGUUAUGACGCGCAUUGGAACGCCGUGGCCGACCUGGGCCAGGGGUUGGGGGCGACAAAGGCCGGGAGGGGGUGGCCGCUGGGCCCGGACGAGUUCGACAGGCUCAUCGAGGACAGGUCCUUCACCAAUGGCGCGGACCGGGAGGCGGUGAAGGCGCUCUUCCGCCGGAUGAGCCGCGCGCAGCUGGGCGGCGUGACGACGCUGGACUUCGACGGGAUGCCGCCCCCGACCCCCGAGCAGGCCGCGGGGCUCGCCGGCUGCCUGCGGUUGUGCGCCCGCCUGGAGGAGCUGGACCUGGGAAAUUGCAGGAUCGGCCCCGCGGGCGCGAGGGCCCUGGCGGGGGCGCUGCCCUCCAUGCCCCGCCUGGAGGCGCUGGACCUGCCCAGACACGACAUCGGCGACGACGGCGCGCAGGCCCUGGCGGGGGCGCUGCCCUCCAUGACCGGCCUGAAGGAGCUGGUCCUGGGGGGCAACGGCAUCGGCAACGGGGGCGCGCAGGCCCUGGCGGGCGCGCUGCGCUCCAUGCCUGGCCUGCAGACGCUGAUCCUGUACAACAACAACAUCGGCGACGGCGGCGCGCAGGCCCUGGCAAAGGUGCUGCCCUCAGCGACUGGCCUGAAGAAGCUGGAUCUGUACUCCAACGGCAUCAGCAGGGACGGACAGGCGGCGCUGCGGGCCGCCUGGGGCAGCCGGGGUGGCAACUUGAACGUCUGA